GGCAGCCCUGGCCUUUCCUCAGGGAGGUGCCGUGUGCCCCUUGCUCCUGUGUACCACAGCUGUUCCUCCACCAGCCGGGACACUGGGCCUGCAGAGGGAUGGCCUUUGAGAAGGGCCAUUUCACCUGGAGCUGUUCUCUCAGCAGAGCAAGGUGUGUGCACAGCUCUGCCAUCCCUAAGUGCUCUCAUAAGGUGAUGGGGAUCUUCUUGCAUUGGUCUUCUGUUUCUGGAGCGCAUCCUGACAGCCUUUGUCAUCCAGAGCUUUCCUGUCUGUUCCCAAGAGGAGUGAUAGCCACAACAUGGAACAACUCCUACGUGGCUGGAGGUAAUGGACAUCCAGCUUCCCGGCUGGGUUCCAGGGCUGAUGCACAGGGAGAUCUCAUGGAUAUGGGUAGAGGGAGAGCUCUUCCAGCUCCUCGGCUGGAUCCUGCACUGGACCUCACCUGGCAUCCCAGGGGUCCUCAAAGAGCAAAGUAUAAAGCUGAAACAGGAAAGCGUUCCCAGCAAUCAUCAGAAGACCUAAAGGAAAUCCUGAAGGAAUUGGACAAAGCAGCACGUGAGCUGGACCGUGAGACUGUGGAGGAGGAGGCGCUUCAGGAAGGAGGCAGCCAGGCAGCACCAGUCUCUGAUGAAAAAAAGGGGGCAAUUCAAUCAACAGGCGUGCCAGCGCUCUCCAACCCCGGGGAAGCCCACCACACCGGCAUCUAUGAAUUUUUUCGAACGAAUACAGGUGUGGAUGGCAAGAGAAAUGCAAAUGCUAUGGAUCCCGAUGAUUUCCAGAAGUACUGCAUAGAAGGCGCCGCGGCAAUCCUGGGCUCCAUGCUGCUUGGGAUGCUAUUGUGUUGUGGCAUCUAUGUGUGGAGGAAGAGGAGACAGCGCCUCGCUGCAGCUUCGUGAGCCCGGCCCAACACCAGCAACUACCCCUCACACCUAGACAGCCGGACCACCCCCCUCAGCAACCCUGAGAGCCAGACCCAACACCAGCAGCCAUCGCCUGUGCCUGGAGAAGCGGCCCGCCAGCCACGGAGCAUCGGGGGGGGCGACCGGCCCCCACCAGCCUGGACACCCACCCGGUCUGCCCGCCUCCACCCCGACCUCCGUAGCUGUCCAACUCAGCCAACCGGCUGUUGCGGGACCAGCCCAGCACCCUCCAGCCCCCGGAGGAACUCAAACCAACCCCCGCCCCCCCAAGCCCAUUGCCCCAGCCCUCCUGCAAGGGCCUGAGGCAGCCCCACCGGGGUACGGGUUUGGGGUGCGAUGACAGACUCCCGGGCAACAGCUUCAGGGGUUGACCAUUUAUUUCUGAGCAAUGGCAUGACAAUAAAUACAGACCCGUAGCACAAUUGUCUGGGUUGUAUCGGCAGCAAACCCAGAAGUUCACCAGUUCUGGGCCAAACGGCAUCUUGGGGCACGCAGGGAUGUGGAUGCCCAUGGUGUCAGCAGUCACGGAGCUGGGCAUGGGACCCGCCGACGGCCGGGGCAUGGGACCAGCCUGCUAAAUUUUGAGCCACAGAGGCGCCGGUGGGGCUCCUUAACAGUUCAUCACCCCCACCUCUGCUCCCUGUGCCAGCUCUGUCCCAGGGUGCACAGGACAGGGAUAUCAUGGAGGGCAAUACCAGCCCCAGCCCCUGCACUGUGUGCACACCAAAUAUACCACAUAAGGCAAAGCCACAAAUUAAACACACAAAGCUGCUGUCAGGCUAUAAUGGUGACAUCGUCUGUUCUGGUUUUGGCUGGGCUGGAGUUAAUUUUCUUCCUAGCAGCCCAUAUGUUGCCGAGUUUUGGAUUUGUGACCAAACCAGCGUUGGCAGCACACCCAGGUUUUAGCUAUUGCUCAACAUUGCUUGCGUGGCACCAAGGCACGAGCAAGCUGCGGUUGCGCUGGUGGAUGAAAAACUGGAUGGGAGCUGCCAGCGUGCGCUGCAGCCCAGAAAGCCAACUGUACCCUGGGCUGCAUUCAAAGCGUGGCCAGCACGUUGAGGGAAGGGAUUCUCCCCCUCUACUCCAUUCUCCUGAGAUCCCACCUGGAGCACUGCAUCCACCUCCGGGGUCCCCAGUGCAAGACACGGACCUGUUAGAGCGGGUCCAGAGGAGAAUCCCAGGGCUGGAACACCUCUCCUGUGCAGAAACGCUGAGAGAGUUGGGGGUGUUCAGCCUGGAGAGCAGAAGGCUCCAGGGAGACCUUGCUGUGGCCUUGCGGUAUAUAAAGGGGGCUUACAAGAAAGGUGCGGAAAGACUUUUU